GCGGCCCGGGGGCCUGCGGGGAGGCGGAGUCCCCUCGGCCGCAGCUGCUGGCCAGCUAGCUCGGGAUUUGAAAGAUUAUAAAGUCCGGGCGGAGAGGGCGGCGGCAUCGGAUGCGCGUGUGGCGGAAGCGCCGGCGGCAUGAACUACCCGGGCCGCGGCGCCCCGCGGAGCCCCGAGCGUAACGGCCGCGGCGGCGGCGCCUGGGAGCUGGGCUCGGACGCGGCGGGCACGUUCGGCGGCGGCGGCUGCUGCUUCGAGCACCAGCCGGGAGACGGCGUGCCGCUGGCGUUGCUGCGCGCCGAGCCGCUGCACCUGGCGCCGGGCACCGACGACCUGAGCCACCUUGCCCUGGACCCGUGCCUCAGCGACGAGACCUACGACUUCAGCUCGGCCGAGUCGGGGUCGUCGCUGCGCUACUACAGCGAGGGCGAGAGCGCGGGCGGCGGCAGCUCGUCUUCGCCUCCGCCGCCGCUGGUCGCCCCGAACUCGGGGGGCGGUGGGGCGGCGGGAGGGGGCCCCGGGGACAGGAAGCGCGCCCGGGCCGGCAGCGCCGCUGCCCGGCACCGCUACGAGGUGGUGACGGAGCUGGGCCCCGAGGAGGUACGCUGGUUCUACAAGGAGGACAAGAAGACCUGGAAACCCUUCAUCGGCUACGACUCCCUGCGCAUCGAGCUCGCCUUCCGGACCCUGCUGCAGACCACGGGCUCCCGUACCGGGGUGGAGGGCCGCGAUGGAGACCCGGCAUGCGGCCAGGCCUCCAGCUCCGGGGAGGAAGACGACGAGGACCGCGCCUGCGGCUUCUGCCCGCGGGCAGCGGGGCCCGAGCCCGAGAUGGAGGAGCUAGUGACCAUCGAGCCGGUGUGCGUGCGCGGCGGCCUCUACGAGGUGGACGUCACUCAAGGAGAGUGCUACCCGGUGUACUGGAACCAAGCUGAUAAAAUACCAGUGAUGCGUGGACAGUGGUUUAUCGAUGGGACUUGGCAGCCUCUAGAAGAGGAAGAAAGUAAUUUAAUCGAGCAAGAACAUCUCAGUUGUUUCAGAGGUCAGCAGAUGCAAGAAAACUUUGAUAUUGAAGUGUCAAAACCCAUAGAUGGAAAAGAUGUUGUCUACCACCUCCCUCCCUUCACCCUCCCUUCUCUGUUCAAAUGGAGAGGAUAUAAGGAGAGUACAGAUGCCACAGGUCUUAAGCGAAAGCGUUCCCAAGCUGUUCAUAGUUUCAAACUGAGUCGGAAUCAUGUGGAUUGGCACAGCAUGGAUGAGGUGUAUCUCUACAGUGAUGCCACGACGUCCAAGAUCGCAAGGACUGUAACCCAGAAACUGGGGUUUUCUAAAGCCUCCAGCAGUGGGACCAGACUUCACAGAGGCUAUGUAGAAGAAGCCACGCUGGAAGACAAGCCCUCGCAGACUUCACAUAUCGUGUUUGUUGUGCAUGGCAUUGGACAGAAGAUGGACCAAGGAAGAAUUAUAAAAAACACAGCCAUGAUGAGAGAGGCAGCAAGAAAAAUAGAAGAGAGGCAUUUUUCCAACCAUGCAACACACGUUGAGUUUCUGCCUGUUGAAUGGCGGUCAAAGCUUACUCUUGAUGGAGACACUGUUGAUUCCAUUACUCCUGACAAGGUGCGCGGCUUGAGGGACAUGCUGAACAGUAGUGCUAUGGACAUAAUGUACUAUACCAGCCCGCUUUAUAGGGACGAGCUAGUUAAAGGCCUUCAGCAAGAGCUGAAUCGAUUAUAUUCCCUUUUCUGUUCUCGGAAUCCAGACUUUGAAGAAAAAGGGGGUAAAGUCUCAAUAGUGUCCCAUUCCUUGGGGUGUGUAAUUACUUAUGACAUCAUGAUGGGCUGGAAUCCAGUUCGGCUGUACGAGCAGCUGCUCCAGAAGGAGGAAGAGCUGCCUGAUGAACGCUGGAUGAGCUAUGAAGAGCGACAUCUUCUUGAUGAACUCUAUAUAACAAAACGACGGCUGAGGGAAAUAGAAGAACGUCUGCAUGGAUUGAAGGCGUCAUCCGUAACACAAACACCUGCCUUAAAAUUUAAGGUUGAGAAUUUCUUCUGUAUGGGAUCCCCACUAGCAGUUUUUUUGGCAUUGCGUGGCAUCCGGCCAGGAAAUACUGGAAGUCAAGACCACAUUUUACCUAGAGAGAUUUGUAAUCGCUUACUAAAUAUUUUUCAUCCUACAGACCCAGUGGCCUACAGAUUAGAGCCAUUGAUUCUGAAACACUACAGCAACAUCUCGCCGGUCCAGAUCCACUGGUACAACACUUCAAAUCCUCUACCUUAUGAGCAUAUGAAGCCAAACUUUCUCAACCCAGCAAAAGAACCUACCUCAGUUUCGGAGAGUGAAAGCAUGGCAAAUAUCCCGAGCCCCGUGACCUCCCCAGUCUUAUCGCGGCGCCACUAUGGAGAGUCCAUAACUAACAUUGGCAAAGCCAGCAUACUGGGGGCUGCUAGCAUUGGAAAGGGGCUUGGAGGAAUGUUGUUCUCGAGAUUUGGACGUUCUUCGACAUCACAGCCAUCUGAGACAUCUAAAGACACAGUGGAAGACGAGAAGAAGCCUGUUUCUUCACCCUCAACCACCACCGUGGCAACCCAGACCCUGCCGCACAGCAGCUCGGGCUUCCUGGACUCUGCAUAUUUCAGACUUCAAGAAUCGUUCUUUUAUCUCCCACAACUUCUUUUCCCGGAAAAUGUAAUGCAGAGUAAAGAUGCUAGCCUCGUGGAACUGGAGCACAGGAUUGACUUUGAACUCAGAGAAGGCCUGGUGGAAAGCCGCUAUUGGUCAGCCGUCACGUCGCACACUGCCUACUGGUCAUCCUUGGACGUCGCUCUGUUCCUUUUAACAUUCAUGUACAAACACGAGCAUGAUGAUGCGAAGCCCAGCCUAGAUCCAAUCUGAACUCUGGAAGGAUACAAAUGGCCCAAAACUUGGUUUUCUGUUAAAAUGUGUCAAGAUAUGGAGAUAUCAAGGUUCCAGUUUUGUUUAGGGCAAGAAAUACUUUAAUUUAAAAGCACCUUAUUUUAUUUUUAAAAGAGAACAAAAACACA